CUUAGUAUAGCAUGACCACAUGCCCCAACGUGACCUGCAAGUCCCGUUAGUACAAGGUUUGAAGUGAACUAAAAAGUCACAAGCCCAAUCCAACUACCAACUACUACGACUACCAACAACUACCUAGUUUGCGAUAUCAGCAUCCGCUGGAAGAGAACGUUAACUUGUCAUCUACCUACCUACCUAAAAAGUCACAAGUUACUCAGACUGAAAAUGGCAGAAGGUAGUGGACUGCGAUAUAAAGAUAAGGUAACGAUUGUUACCGGCGGAUCUAAAGGCAUUGGGCUGGGUGUCGUUACAGUUUUUGUAAAAAAUGGUUCAAAAGUUGUAUUUUGUGUUAAAGAUGUAGAAGAGUCUGAGGGUAAAGCUGUAGAAAAGGAACUAAAUGGUCUUGGUAUUGGUGAAGCUACUUUCAUUGCUUGUGAUGUUACAAAAGAAAGUGAAAUUAAGAAUUUAAUAGAUAAAACAGUAGAGAAAUAUGGUCGAAUAGAUUGUUUGGUUAAUAAUGCUGGCUCUCAUCCACCACAUAUGCCGAUAGAUGAUUUCAGUUCAGAUGAUUUUAGAGAAUUGUUAAAUUUAAAUCUUGUCAGCUAUUUUAUAGCAUGUAAAUAUGCCUUGCCUCAUUUGAGAAAAGUUGAAGGUAAUAUUAUAAAUAUAUCUAGUUUAGUUGGAUCUAUUGGACAAUAUGGUGCUGUUACCUACGUAGCCACAAAGGGAGGCGUCACAUCAUUCAGUAAAGCUUUAGCAAUUGAUGAAGCAAAAUAUAAUGUUAGAGUUAAUUCAGUAUCACCAGGUAAUGUUUGGACACCUUUAUGGAAUAGUGGAGCCAGUAAAACAACUAAUCCAGAACAAACAAUAGCAAAUGGAGCCGAUAGUCAGCUGAUGGGACGUUUUGGCACUAUUGAAGAAAUAGGACAGGUGUGUUUAUUUUUGGCAGCAGAAGGAACAUACUGUACUGGUAUUGAUCUAUUAUCAUCUGGUGGAGCCGAACUGAAUUUUGGCAUUAAAACUAUGAAAGGAGAAAAAGACCUUCCAUUUUAAUCAUAGGUUUUAUUUUUACAUAAUGAUGGAGUGAUUUCAUACAUAAUUUUAUUAUUAAUUUUUUCUUUGAUCGAAUUUCAAGUAUUUUGAUUGUGUGUUAUCUGCAAUAUAAUUUUGAAAGUUAUGGAUGGGUUAACAUAUGCAUAGUUUUUAACCUGCAAUUUUGAAUUUUCUUUCAGGACUUUUGCAGAUUGAAUCAAACUACCAUAUCUCUUGACAAUUGUCAAAUAUAAAUUCUUCUCUUUUUUAAAUCACCACUUGAGGUGAUAUCUCAGAUCAAUGUUUCAUGUAAAAUUAUCAAAAUGGUGCUUCAAAGGGCAAAAGUACAAGUUCCAUUACACCCACAUAGGAAUGUGGACAUAUAUUGCCGUCGCCCCUGUCUGUCAGUCCUUACGUCCAUUCACAGUUCUUGUAUAGGCACGAUAGAGAAGUUUUUAUCAGAUCUUCAUGAAACUGGGUAUGCAUAUGUAUAUAUUGAUUAUAUCUUGGUCAAGUUCGAUAUUGUAAUAAUCGGAUGAACUGUUUCAAAAUUAUUGCCAUUGAAAACGUAUCGAAUUUUGCAUGUAGGCACAAUAGAGACUACAGUUUGUUAUAGAUGUUGAUGAAACUUGGUAUGCAUGUAUAUAUUAAUAUAGUUAAUUGCCCUUGUGUUUAUGUCGAUGAGAUAUUGUUCAUGUUUGAUUUAGAUGAUAAUCGGAUGAACUGUUUUUGAGGUUUUGCUUUGACUUAUGAAUAUUUUUAAGAUUAUUUGAAAAUUCUUUAUUAAGCCACUAAAGACUUUGUUAUCAUUUCUGACAGCUGGUAGUGGGUUUAUGUUACCUUGCCUAGCAAGAUAUUUUUUUGGGAAUAUAUUCUGUUCUGAAACUGGCAAAUUUUGUUUAUUUUAAGACCACUUUCAUACUAUUAAGACCUAGUUUUGCUUUUGGUAAUUUAAAGAUUUCAAAUCCUGGUUUUUCUUUUUACCACUGAAAUACUACUAAAAUUCUAUUUUAGAUACUAUUAAAACUGUAAACAUGCUAAUUCGAACUUAUCUUUAAAGUGACAAGUGUGCCAUUGUUUUGACCAAUCAUAAUACUCAGAAACGGGCAUUUUUUUUUUUAGCAAAGUCAAUCAGUUAUAAUGUUCACAACUCGCCGUCUAAAUUUGAGCCUUCAAAUAUAUGUGGGCCCAGAAUAAUCUGCAUUUAAAAGUUAAAAAGACAAAAACGAGUCGUCUUUUGUGAGACACUGCCAUGUAUAGAAAAGACCAUAUUUUCAUAGGAAUUAUGCGAUUUUCUUACAUUUCUAGUACUUCUGAAGACUGAAGUAUAUUCUAGACUCAAAUCAACCCCCCAAAAUGGUGCACUGUCCCUUUAAUAUGCAUUGUAACAUCAUAAAAAGAAUUGUUAUUCCUGUUUUAAUUAAGCAUGAAAUUCUUUUGUUACCUUAUAUGUCUUAUAUUUUUUGUUGAUUGUUAUCUUUUUCCAAUUUUUGUUAUUGUUGAUAGAGUAUGAUUAGAAUCAUAAAAAGAUUAUCUCUAUUUAAAAAUACCUUCAUAAUAUAAGCACUUGUUUAAGUU